AACAGAAAACACAUCAAAGAUUUCAGUGGAAUUGCAUGGGUGUUAUAAGAUCCAAACAGCGAACAACGAAAGACUGUGAAGAGUAUAGGGAAGGAAAUCACGCCAUGGUUAAACGCCUAAGUUUAAAAAGUUUGAAACAAGAAUACGAGUUAGAGCCCUCGAGAAGUUUCAUAGUUCGCUUCGCAGGGAAAACAGAAACAUCGAAGCCCGGAGGCGAAAACAUGGACAAAUGUCUUAAAAAACUUUACAAGGAAGUUAGCGAUAAUUUAAGCAGUCUUCCAAGAGUUUGUUUAGAAAUUUCAUCUACGGAUGUUAAAAUUCGAUGGCUGCAAGUUGCUGGUGAUCAAGAAGACAUUGAAGUGCCAUUCAGUCGGAUCUCAUUUGUCGUAGCUGAUAAAAAACACCAACUUUUCGCAUUCAAUGACUUUGUUUCGCAGAAACCGAAGAAGGCUGAAUGCUACGCUUUCAUCUGCAACGAAUCGGAGAAAUCUGAUGUGAUUGCAAAUGCUUUGUCGGAAGCCUUUAAAAGCGUUCACCAGCGUCCACGAAGGGGAUCGACUUUAUCCGCAGCCACGGGAUCUGCAAGAAACGUUUCAUCGUAGUUCGUAAUAAUUUACCCAAAGACUAUGUAUUAAUUUCGAAUGUUUUCUUAGGAAACAAGUCAGCUGACAAGUUACAUCGAGGCCAUCCAAAAAAGUAAAUUUAGUGGAAACGCAUUUUUAAGGAGGUGAAACAUUUUCGACUAAUUUUCUUCCGUUUUGUGUUCAGUGGUUGGUUGAUUGUGGGUAGUAUUAAAACGAUACUUACGCGUAGUGUAUUUGCACAGUAUGACUCACCCACCAGUUUUGAUUAUGCUAAUCUGAGGGCAUAAAAUCGUGCUUCGUUCAAACGAAUGUUUUUCUUUUACUCAACAAAUUAGUUUAGUGCUUCGUGAACUGAUUAGCAACUAAGAACUGUAAAGAUAUUAGCACUUAGAAACAUAUAUUGUCUCCGUAAAAUACGUGUUUUUGGUUUCGCGUUUAGUUUUGAAGGUAUAAUUUCCACGAUGAAAAAUCUUGAACCUCUAAAGAUUUUGUGUUUAUAGUGCAUUAAGGUUUUAUUGUCUGAUGGACAACUGACAGAGCGUGAAAUCUAAUCAAAAACAAAUGAAAUUAUUUUUUCUCCGUUGAUUCAAAAAUGACCAGAUUUCAAGACUUUAAAGCGGCGAAUUAAUUCAUAGGAAAAGUAAUAAGACAUUGAUUUAAUUUUGCAGUAAAAUCAUAGAUGUAAUUUUCUAACCGUAC